AUGACAUCUCCAGUCCUCGCCGGCCCUCCAGGCGACUGCUGCCUUCAAGGCGUGAAGCAUUUUGGUGGCGCCAUUGGAAAGACCGUCAUUAUCGCCGACGUUGAGACCUACAUCACCGAGCCUCCAGCGAACACAACGGGGCUGAAGAAAGUCAUCCUCUUCUUUGCCGAUGUCUGGGGCCCGUUCCACAACAGUGCAAAGCUGCUACAGGAUUACUUUGCGUCUCAUGGCUUCACGGUGCUCGGCAUAGAUUACUUCUUCGGCGACCCGAUUUACCUGCACACUGAGGAGGCGGACUUCAACAGGCAGGCAUGGUUCACCAAAUACCGAAAACUCGCCGGAGAUGCGACGCCUAAGUGGAUCAAGGCUGUUAGAGAGAUCUAUGGUGAAGAUGCGAUUUACAGCGCCGUAGGGUAUUGCUUUGGCGGACCCUUUGCGCUCGACAUAGCUACGACAGACGACGUUGUUGCAUCGGCGUUUGCCCAUCCUGCAUUCUUGAACGAGGACCACUUCAGGAAUUUAAAGAAGCCGCUUCUCCUCUCUUGUGCAGAAACCGACCAUACUUUCCCAACCGAAUCCCGUCGUCGAGCCGAGGAUAUCCUGGCCGAGAUCAAAGCAACCUACCACGACCAACUCUUCUCAAGCAUCGUUCAUGGUUUCGCCACCCGUGGCGACCCCGAGGUCGAGAAUAGUCGUUGGGCAAAAGAGGAAUCGGCGAGGAGUAUAAUUGAAUGGUUCAAACGUUUCAGCAAGCAAUGA